CGCGCGCCCAGCCCGCAGCGCAUGCGCAGAGCCAGCAGCGCGGGGCCUGACUUGUCCGACUGCGCCCUAUCCGCUUCUUCUUCCUCCUCCUCUGGGCGCUUCCGGGACGCCGAGGCCUGUUCCGGAAUAGCUGGCACCCGCUUUCUCGGCCUCUCUCUCACGCUCGUGGCCUUCCGGCGCCAUUUACUCGGCAGGUGGCUGUGGAGGACCUUCCCCCGCCCACGCUGCACUUCUGUCACUCAGAGCGCGCGCCGCGCCCCAGGAACCAAUCAGCAGCCGCCUUAGAACAUCUUGAGGAUUAGACGCUGAGGAGGCUGAAGUUCAAAGUCGGGGAGGGCUGACCAGCGGGAGCAGAAGGUGACCAUGUCAGAGUCCGGACACAGCCAGCCUGGGCUCUAUGGCAUAGAGCGGCGGCGGAGGUGGAAGGAGCCGGGCUCCAGCGGCCCCCAGAAUCUCUCUGGGCCUGGAGGUCGGGAGAGAGACUACAUUGCACCCUGGGAAAGAGAGAGACGGGAUGGCAGCGAAGACCCCAGCACUAACGUCAUGCAGAAAACCCCUAUCAUUCUCUCAAAGCCCCCAGCUGAGCGGUCAAAGCAGCCGCCACCAACCACAGCCCCUGCUGCCCCGCCAGCCCCAGCCCCGCUGGAGAAACCCAUUGUGCUCAUGAAGCCACGUGAGGAGGGGAAGGGGCCUGUGGCUGGAACGGGGGCUGCCACCCCUGAGGGUACUGCCCCACCGCCCCCCACAGCCCCUGCGCCACCCAAAGGAGAGAAGGAGGGGCAGAGACCCACACAGCCUGUGUACCAGAUUCAGAACCGGGGCAUGGGCACUGCUGCCCCAACAGCCAUGGACCCUGUGGUGGGCCAGGCCAAGCUCCUGCCCCCGGAGCGCAUGAAGCACAGCAUCAAGCUGGUAGACGACCAGAUGAACUGGUGUGACAGUGCCAUUGAGUACCUGCUGGAUCAGACUGACGUGCUAGUGGUCGGUGUCCUGGGCCUCCAGGGGACAGGAAAGUCCAUGGUCAUGUCACUGUUGUCGGCAAACACUCCAGAGGAAGACCAGAGGGCCUAUGUCUUCCGGGCGCAGAGUGCUGAGAUGAAGGAACGAGGAGGCAACCAGACCAGCGGCAUCGACUUCUUCAUCACCCAGGAGCGGAUUGUCUUCCUGGACACGCAGCCCAUCCUGAGCCCAUCUAUCUUGGACCACCUCAUCAAUAAUGACCGCAAAUUGCCUCCAGAAUACAACCUCCCUCACACCUAUGUGGAAAUGCAGUCGCUGCAGAUCGCUGCCUUCCUCUUCACGGUCUGCCACGUGGUGAUCGUUGUGCAGGACUGGUUCACGGACCUCAGUCUGUACAGGUUCCUGCAAACGGCAGAGAUGGUGAAGCCGUCUACGCCAUCCCCCAGCCACGAGUCCAGCAGCUCCGCAGGCUCGGAUGAGGGCACUGAGUACUACCCACACCUUGUCUUCCUGCAGAACAAGGCACGUAGGGAGGACUUCUGUCCCCGGAAGUUACGGCAGAUGCACCUGAUGAUUGACCAGCUCAUGGCACACUCCCACCUGCGCUACAAGGGGAUGCUGUCCAUGUUGCAGUGCAACAUCUUCCCAGGGCUGCCGCCCGACUUUCUGGACUCCGAGGUCAACUUAUUCCUGGUGCCCUUCAUGGACAGUGAAGCGGAGAGCGAGAACCCACCUCGAGCAGGACCUGGUUCCAGCCCCCUCUUCUCCCUGCUGCCUGGGUACCGAGGCCACCCCAGCUUCCAGUCCUUGGUUAGCAAGCUCCGCAGCCAGGUGAUGUCCAUGGCUCGGCCUCAGCUGUCGCACACCAUCCUCACCGAGAAGAACUGGUUCCACUAUGCUGCCCGGAUCUGGGACGGGGUGAAGAAGUCCUCAGCCCUGGCAGAGUACAGCCGCCUGCUGGCCUGAGGCUGAGCGGGGAGCACGCAGGGAACCCCUGUCCUAUGGACAGUAAGGACAUACAGCCCUCCCCCGGCAGGGGAGGAGAGACAGGCCUGGCAGAGGGAGCAUGGCUUCCCGCCCAGAGAUGUGAGGUGUCUGAAGCCAGCCCCUCCCUCAAAUGGGGGGCUGGGCUGCUCAGGGGGUGACCAAGAGAUCCCACCCCCAGCCUGGGAUGAGCAGCCCUUCCCAGAUGCCCAUUGAGACAGGCAGGUGGAGUCAGAAGGGUCCCCAGGAAGCUUUCCCUGGGGAUGGAAUGGGGCUGGAGAGCUCUUUGUGGGGCAGAUCUGAGGGUUCAAAUAAACGUGGUCAAAGGGG